AUGGAAGUGAAAGUUUCAAAGACACCUCGCCGGCCAAAUUGGACCGAGAAGGAAAAACUGGUUUUGGUUGAGGCGGUCCGACAACGCGAGGACCGCCUCUUCGGAAAAAUGAAAGGGUCGGGGGGUGUCAAAAAUGUGAAACUCAAAGAGGGGGCGUGGGAGGAGGUAGCAGAGGCGGUGAAUGCACAGUCCGAUACAGUUGAAAGAACUGUUGAAGAAGUCCGGAAGCAAUAUGCAAACAUCAAACAAAGAGCUAAAGAAAAAUCAGAUGCAAUUAGACGUCCUGUCACUGGUGGAGGUCCAAAACCCCCCUCUCCUUCUCCAGUGGAAACAGAAAUACUAAAUCAUCUUGAAGACAGACCCACUCUUUGUGGUCUGUCUUCAGGUCAUGAUACAGAAGAAGGUAUUUCAUGUACAAACAUGGAAAUUCCUAUAAAUGACAGCACCCAGUUUGGUCAAAUUAUUGAUCUACAGUUGCCAUCAACUAUCUCAACUAAGACAUCCAAAAGGAGGAAAACCAUGGAGGAUGAGGAGAUUAAGACCCUUAAGGCAGAGAGGGAGAAGUAUAUUCAGGAGACAAUCAAGCUGAAGGAAGAAGAUGAAUAUUAUAGAAUCAAAACAUUACUCUCCACUUUAAGAUGA